GCAUUUAUUGGAGGAGGAGCUUCAGUGCGCGUUGCCCGGCCUUAGGUGCCAGGCGUAAGGGCGUUUAGGCCGAGCGACCGCUGUGAGGAACCGUGGCCAUGAAGGAAGAGAAGGAGCACAGGCCUAAGGAGAAGCGAGUAACCCUGUUAACGCCCCCCGGGGCCUCAUGCAGCGGCAGUGGGACCUCAGGGGACAGCGCCAAAGGAGAAGAUAAGCAGGAUCGAAACAAGGAGAAGAAAGAGGCUCUGAGCAAGGUGGUAAUUCGAAGAUUACCUCCCACUUUGACCAAGGAGCAGCUUCAGGAACAUCUUCAACCUAUGCCUGAACAUGAUUAUUUUGAGUUUUUUUCUAAUGAUACUAGUCUGUAUCCUCAUAUGUAUGCCAGAGCAUACAUCAACUUUAGAAACCAAGAAGACAUUAUUUUGUUCAGGGAUCGCUUUGAUGGUUAUGUAUUCCUUGACAAUAAAGGUCAGGAAUAUCCUGCUAUAGUAGAAUUUGCACCUUUUCAAAAAGCUGCAAAGAAGAAGACUAAGAAAAGAGAUACCAAAGUUGGGACUAUCGAUGAUGAUCCAGAAUAUAGAAAAUUUUUGGAAAGUUAUGCCACAGAUAAUGAGAAGAUGACAUCUACUCCAGAGACGCUGCUAGAGGAAAUAGAAGCAAAAAAUAGAGAACUAAUAGCUAAAAAGACAACCCCACUUUUGAGCUUCCUGAAAAACAAGCAGAGAAUGAGAGAAGAAAAAAGAGAAGAAAGAAGGAGGCGAGAAAUAGAAAGAAAAAGACAAAGAGAAGAAGAGAGGAGAAAAUGGAAAGAAGAGGAGAAACGGAAAAGGAAAGAUAUAGAAAAGCUAAAGAAGAUUGACAGAGUUCCAGAAAGGGAAAAAAUAAAGGAUGAACCAAAGAUUAAGGUACACAGGUUUCUGUUACAAGCUGUGAAUCAGAAAAAUCUGCUCAAGAAGCCAGAAAAAGGAGAUGAAAAAGAGUUGGACAAAAGAGAAAAAACCAAGAAAUUGGACAAAGAGAAUCUGAAUGAUGAAAGAGCCAGUGGGCAAAGUUGUACAUUGCCCAAGCGAUCUGAUAGUGAACUUAAAGAUGAAAAGCCAAAGAGACUUGAAGAGGAGAGUGGCAGAGACUACAGGGAGAGAGAACGGGAUUAUGAACGUGAGCAGGAGCGCAUACUUCGAGAAAGAGAGAGGCUGAAGCGGCAAGAAGAAGAGCGCCGUAGGCAGAAGGAACGUUAUGAGAAAGAGAGGAUUUUUAAAAGAAAAGAAGAAGAAAUGAAAAAAGAGAAAGAAGCACUUCGGGAUAAAGGAAAGAAGAAUGAAAGUACAGAAUCAAUAGGCAGCUCAGACAAAACGGAAAAGAAAGAGGAAGUGGUUAAGAGAGAUCGAAUAAGAAAUAAGGAUCGCCCAGCAAUGCAGCUUUACCAACCAGGAGCUCGAAGCCGAAAUCGACUCUGUCCUCCUGAUGACAGCACCAAGUCUGGAGAUUCAGCAAUAGAAAAAAAGCAAGAAAGUGGUAUUAGCCAUAGAAAAGAAGGAGGAGAAGAGUGAUGAGUCUGAAUGGCCUUAGGUGUCCUGACUGUCUAGGCAGCCAAAGAGCAAGUGUUAAGUGAUCCAGAAGCGCCUUCAGGGCAAAGGAAUAGAGAGAAAGAAAGGGAGUCGCUGUGCUGGUGGGAUACAUUGCAGAGGAGUAUGUUUUGCGUCAAAGCAGGAAUCUGAUUGCAGGUUUAGAAUUGGAAGUACAAUUUCAUUGUUUUUGUAACUUCUAUAAAUUAAUUUUAACAUGUUAGAAAAUGAUGACAAGAACGUGCAUUAUAAUUUACAGGAGGGAAGUGUCAAGUGAGCGCUUAAAUAUUUGUGAAAUGAGAAAAAAAAGAGCUGGUUCUAAAAUCAAAAGAUGUUAAUCCUGGAUUGAAUUUUCUUAAUUUGGGUGGAGCAGAGUCACUUCGAAGUCUUGUUCAGAUCUAGUUACAUUGCAUCGUUGGUUGUCACUGUUGACUUUGUGUAGUGUAGAA